AUGAUUGAAGGGAAGGAAUACACAUUAUAUUAUAGUGGCAGUGAGCGCAGGCACGAGCUGGGCACUGCGUUUCUGAUCCGGAAGGCACAUCAGAGAGCGGUAGUGGACUUUACACCAAUGGACGAAAGGUUGUGUGCCUUAAGAAUAAGAGGAUGUUUCUACAACGUUACAAUUGUGAACGCACACGCACCGACGGAGGACAAGGAUACACAGGUGAAGGAGUUCUAUGAGAAACUCGAACGAGUCUACGACCAGUGCCCGGCAUACGACGCGAGGAUAGUGUUGGGCGACUUUAACGCCCAAAUAGGAAAAGAAGAGCACAAUAAGCCAACGAUAGGGAUGCAUAGUUUGCACACUCUAACGACAACGGGGAAAGGCUGA